AUCCUCCCUUAUUAGAGAGCUGCUCCCCCCCCCGUGCAUGAAUCCCACCGUGCGGCUCGCAGGAGACCAGGACUAAACCCGGGCGGCGUCGACGACCAGCCUCAUCCCGCGGACCCGCGCACCCCCUUCAGCACCUCCUUCAGGAUGGCGUUAACGAUCUGCACCAGAUUUACCGACGAGUAUCAGCUGUUCGAGGAGCUGGGGAAGGGCGCCUUCUCUGUGGUCCGGAGGUGUGUGAAGAUCUCAUCUGGACAGGAAUAUGCUGCCAAAAUCAUCAACACCAAGAAGCUCUCCGCCAGAGAUCAUCAAAAGCUGGAGAGAGAGGCGAGGAUUUGUCGUUUACUGAAGCACACCAACAUCGUACGACUCCAUGACAGCAUAUCAGAAGAGGGUUUCCACUAUCUGGUGUUUGAUCUGGUGACAGGAGGAGAGCUGUUUGAAGACAUCGUAGCCAGGGAGUACUACAGUGAGGCUGAUGCAAGCCACUGCAUACAGCAGAUCCUCGAGAGCGUCCAACACUGCCACGUUAAUGGGAUCGUCCACAGGGAUCUGAAGCCUGAGAACCUUCUAUUGGCCAGUAAGCUGAAGGGGGCGGCGGUCAAGUUGGCUGACUUUGGGCUGGCUAUCGAGGUGCAGGGGGACCAGCAGGCAUGGUUUGGUUUUGCCGGCACCCCGGGCUACUUGUCUCCAGAGGUUCUGAGGAAAGACCCAUAUGGGAAGCCAGUUGACAUGUGGGCCUGUGGUGUGAUUUUAUACAUCCUGCUGGUGGGCUACCCUCCCUUCUGGGAUGAGGACCAGCACCGCCUUUACCAACAAAUCAAAGCUGGGGCCUAUGAUUUCCCAUCCCCAGAGUGGGACACUGUAACUCCUGAGGCCAAAGAUCUGAUCAACAAGAUGCUAACCAUCAACCCCAGUAAACGCAUCACUGCCGCAGAGGCCCUCAAACAUCCCUGGAUCUGCCAACGGUCCACCGUAGCCUCCAUGAUGCACAGGCAGGAAACGGUGGAGUGCCUGAAGAAAUUCAACGCCAGGAGGAAACUCAAGGGAGCCAUUUUGACCACUUUGCUGGUCACAAGAAACUUCUCAGCAGCCAAGAGUUUGCUCAACAAGAAGGCAGACGGCGUUAAGGUCAACAACAAAGCCAACACAGUGACCAGUCCCAAAGACACUGGCCCUGCCCCCGCGCUGGAACCACAGACAACCGUGAUCCACAAUCCAGUAGAUGGAAAUAAGGAGUCCAUUGAGAGUGCCAACACCACCAUAGAGGAUGAGGACGUAAAAGCUCGCAAACAGGAAAUUAUCAAAGUCACUGAGCAGUUGAUUGAGUCUAUCAACAAUGGAGACUUUGACGCCUAUGCGAAGAUAUGUGAUCCUGGUCUAACUUCCUUUGAGCCCGAGGCCCUGGGCAACCUGGUGGAAGGACAUGACUUCCAUCGCUUUUACUUUGAGAACGCCCUGUCCAAAGGGAACAAGCCAGUGCACACCAUCCUCUUGAACCCACAUGUGCACCUAAUUGGGGAAAAUGCAGCGUGCAUUGCCUAUAUUCGACUGACCCAGUACAUGGAUGUCAGCGGCAUGCCGCGCACCAUGCAGUCCGAGGAGACCCGUGUGUGGCACCGUCGCGACGGCAAGUGGCAGAACAUCCACUUCCACCGUUCGGGCUCGCCCAGCAUCCCCUCCCAUUAAUGGAAUAUCAACAUGUGGUCAAUAAAAAAAAUGUCUCUAGUAGGGCAGCCGACUAGCCAACCCCCAUGACUGCCCUCCGACCUUUGAUCCUUCUUUAAGGACAUGACAUUGCAGGAUACAAGUAUUAAUACAUUUUACUGUUAUGGCAUUUUAUUAAUGGACAUCAUUCGAAACCACCACCGGGUGGCUGCACACUGUAUUUGGACAUUAUGAAACGAGCAUAUUGACAUUUUUUUUUGUUUGUUUUUUAAGAUGUUUUGGUAUGCAUUUUAAAUAUAAAAUAGAGAUGUUUUAAAAUCUACUACUGUAACCUCUCCCAAAAAUUAGUUCUGUAUUUUUAUGUGUGUUUAUGUGUGUGCAAUACAGAAACAUUUGGAAGAUCAGGAUGUUAAAAUUGAGCUUGCUUUAGUUCUGGUGAUGUAUAUAUACAUUGUGAUUGUUGAUAAAAAAACAAACAUUGAAAUUGCUAUUCUUGCUAUCAGAGGAAUUAAGAGUUUACGUAAAAUCCAGUUUAUGAGCUACAUUUAUGUUUGCUAUGAGCUAAGUCAUUACUGUUUAAAUUGUCAGAUUUCAAUCUAUAAUACUAAUUUAAAUGUAAAGAAAAGCAGAGCAGCUUACCCUUUGCAACGAGAUAUGUUUGCCUUUAUAUCAGUGAAAUAAGAAUUAAGAGAAUGUAGCAUAUAUGUAAUAUAUGAAAAUUCAAGACUAUUGUGUAGUGCAUGGGGGGGGAAUAUUGUAAGUAAGAUCAUAUGAAUCUAUAAUAUCUUCUGUUUGAUUUGUGAAUCACUGACUUGUUUGUUUGCAUUUGUUAUUGUUGUGCAUCAGUCCCGUCCCAAAUGUUUUUAUGUCCUCCAGUAUCAUAGAACUGUUGUAAAAACAAUAACACAGUUAUGGUUAACAUCCAGCGUAAAUAUCAAAACCUCAUAUCUGAGAGGAGGAAAAACAAACUCCUGGUUGCUGAAGCACCCAUUACAUUUUGUAUAAAAAUGAGAAGAAAGCAAACGCAUUUUUCAUAAUGUUUGUACUUGUAUUGUAUGACUGUAUGUAUAGGGUUUGUUAUUUUACUCUUCGUCAUUUCCAGUGUGUUACUUAGCCAAUUGCACAGAGAAGGUGGAGAUGGUGAAGAUGGCUCAAAGGCACUAAAGUCUCCACUGUCAGUGUAAACCUGAAGGUUGGGCUAAUAAGUCUGGAAGAGUCAUAAAAGCAUCGGACUGAAGAACAUUGCAGUCAGACAAGAGGAUGGUAAGACAGCAGGAAAGGAGUCAAAAGAAAGCUGGACUGUAAUAAAUGUUGGGAUGUCUUCCUUGACGUUCAGUGCUUCUACCAGCCGGUGGCCUCCUUGCCACUGUAGGACAAUGCCAGUGUCUUCUUCAUCCUUACUGUUUGCUCUUUUCAAUUGGUAGGUCUCUUCUUUUGUAAGGGGAAAAUAUGAUAAACAUUUCUUUUGACGAAACAUAUGAUGUCAAUGCGAUGCACCACUCCUUAUAUGGUGUGAACCCGUUGCCAGCACGGCAAUGGAUGGCUUAACAUGUUUAAGAAAUUAAUAAAUCAGCUUA